AUGUCUACCUCAAUGCGCGCCCGUACGUCAUGCAAGAGGCCAGACGCUCUCAACCCGAUAAAUACGCAAGGGGGUGGGUAUGAGACUACCUCUUCUCCUACUCAGCUAAAGCGAGGUGUCGUUCCAAGCAACUACAAAGAGGACAGGGAAGACAACGUUUCGUUCAGCGAGUCGCAUUUUGCUCAGCUACAAGAGCAAGAAAUCACCAACAACUACCUACCCCCAGGCAAUGGCAAAGAAAAUACGGAGGACAAUGUUUCCUCCAGCAACUCGCGCGACAGAGAGGAGAAUGUCUCCUCCAGCGAAUCGCGACACAGGGAGGAGAACGUCUCUGUUACCGAUUCGCUUCACGCUUAUUUGCAAGAGCAAGAAAUCAUCAACAACUACCUACCCCCAGGCAAUGGCAAAGAGGAUAGGGAUGAGACCCUCUCCUUCGGCGAGUCACCUGACCCUACCAAAAAGGAGGAUGUCCAAGAGGUCACCCAGUCCCACAUUUCCGCCCAGAAAAUCGCGGGGAUUCACAGCCUACAACAGGAGCGGCUACCGGAGCUGAGGGUGCUCUUCCAGCAGCCUGAUGAUCAUGAUGUGUGCAUCAAAGUCACUGCUGCGGAACCCUCUGAGGUUUGGCUGGACGAUCAGAGUAUGGGAUUCGGACCCCGCGAUCGGGUGGUCGGUGCAACUCAGGGCAUUCUCGGAGCAAGGUGCGUCUUGGAAGCCCGUCGCAUCAAGGCCACCAUGUUCUUCGUUCCGUUGAAGGAUGACAUGGUCCUUUACAAUGAAACGAAUCGUACACUUUCCCUUGAAAGCGUGCCCAAAGGCUUCGAUGUACGCGAUAUACCGCCAAAAGAAUAUGAAUUUGCCUACCCCGGAUUUUGGCGACUCUAUGAUAACGAAACCUCCGUCGAGUUCCUACUCCGACCGUGCCGCUACCGCCUCCUUCUGACAGAGAAUUUCAGCAAAAGAACGGCCAGGGAACUUUUGUCGCCCCCUGAAAGGGAAAUGCUUUCAACUCGGGCUGCUACGACAAGAGCUACUGAAGCCCCUGCGGCUCGCGGCCAGAAGACAAUGGUCCGAAGGUGCUUGGCCAAUGUCGAUCUUUUGAACAGAACCGGGCUCGCCAAAGACCAGACUCUUAACGUGGUGAACGGAGUCACAGGCCAGAGGGAAUACUCUAUUACGCUCAUCAACCGGUACAGAAAGAUUUCAAACCAAGUGGAUGUUUUCAAGGCGAUCUGGGCCCGGGAGGGUUCCGAGCCGAUGGCAGUCGCUGUCAAGGUUCACAAGAUAACCUCCGCUCGGCCAUAUGAUGCCGCCGCCGCUAUUAAGGGCUGGGAGCGAGAACUCGAGGCACACAAGGAUCUUCACCAUCCGUGUAUCGCCAAGCUCAUCUCUUUCGAUUCUCGCCUGCUCGCUCUGAUCGUAGAAGACCAAGCUCUGCACGAUCUUUCUGCCCCUUACUGGUGCCUCCGCGACGGGUCGUCUGCGCUAUGGUUCGGAGGCGACAUCGACGAUGCCUGCCGCAUCGCUGCGGACGUCUCCAGCGCAUUGGAGUACCUCGACGAGCAAGGCAUCGUCCACAACGACAUCAAACCGGCAAAUAUCAUUUACGGCGGAGCAAGUGCUGAAGUUGGGGCCAGGGCUGGUGCCCUCCUCAUUGACUUUGGUCUUUCAAGAGUGAUGAAGGACCAAAAUGAGGAUUUGGGUGGUGGAUCACCAUGUUACAUGGCGCCUGAGUGGAUGAGUGGACGCAGGGAUCCGCCAGCGGAUGUCUACUCCUUGGGUGUUGUCAUGCUCUAUCUCCUGCGUUCAUUUCCUCUCCCGAAAAAGGAGAACGAUUGGAACCUCCUGGAGGCCCGGAGGAAGGAACCCGGCGCAGUGGAAGCUAUGAAAAAUUGGCUCGCUCACGUUAGAGAGACAAGCGACGGUCUCCAACGCCCUGUGAGGAGUGAGAAGGAGACUAGACUCCGGCGACUCGUGGUCAAGAUGCUGCAGCCCAAAAGUGACCGGAUCUCCGUGCGUGACCUAGUUAAGGAGACUUGUGAGUGGAGGGUUUGA